GCUUCGCGAGACGUCACAUCAUGGCCGACAAUGCUCAACGUCCGCGUCCGCCGCCUAAUCGACGCAGAGACAAAGUCCAGCUUUCCUGCGACCCUUGCAGACGCCGAAAGCUGAGGUGUGACCGACAGCACCCAUGCGGAGCUUGCUCAAGGCGUGGCCUCACCCACUCUUGCAGUUAUGCUACGACGUCUUCUCCGCCCGAUGCUCGGCGUAAUGUUCAGCGGUCCGUUGCUCCACGGCAGUCCACCAGCCUUCAAGGCAGAAUCUCUGAACUGGAGAGCCUUGUCGUGACACUCAUGAAAGGCCAGCCACUCCCAAGCCCGCCCGCCCUGGCAUCGCCGAGACCAAGCUCGCUAUCAAUCGCAGAUGGGUUCUCUGAGAUUCAGAGACUGAAUGAAAAUCACGCUGGAGCUGCAUCGCCGGCCGACCCUGGCACCCUAAAGUUGCGCGAGUCUGGGACCAGCUAUUUCCAGAGUAUUCAUUGGGAGGCUAUCCUGACCAAAAUAAGAGGAUUGAAGGAGGAUUUGGUCACUGAUAGCACGGCUCUGCCCGGUUCGCACUUGUUCUAUGGCCCGAACCGUCAUGCCACUCGAGAUGAAAUCCUGGCUGCUGUUCCUCCUCGUACAGUUGUUGACCGCCUCAUGGCCCUUCAUUUUGAUUCCUACAUGAUCACUCCGUAUCUCAUUCAUUGCAAUAAAUUACUCCGAGAGACCUUCACCAUUGACUUUGCCGACGAGCGGGCCGAAUCGCUCAAGGUGGAGUAUCUUACUAUGAAAGAUGUCUUCCGGGAGAAGGCCGUUCAGUGUCUCAUUUUGUCCAGGUAUACAAGGGGAGGCCCGUAUAUCCUGGAAACUCUUAUAACGAUCCUUACUGGAGAGUUUGUGCUCUUGAAAGAGAGCGCGACGGAUAGCUGGCUUUUGAUCAGUCUGAUACUCCAUCUUGCAGUGCGCAUGGGCUAUCACCGAGACCCAGAUCACUUUCCUGGAGUAUCUCCAUUCGAGAGUGAGAUGCGUAGACGCGUCUGGGCUAUAAUCAUUCAAUUAGAUCUCGCUCUCUCCUUGGAGAUGGGCCUUCCUCGAAGUGCCACAGAUACGCACAUCGAUACAAAACAGCCCCGCAAUCUGUACGACAGCGAUUUUGAUGAAGACACAACCGAGAUGCCUCCGCCGAGGCCAGAAACAGAAUGGACGCCGGUGCUCCCUCUCAUUGCGAAAGGGCGACUAAUAUCAGCCCUUGGCUUGAUUUGCGACAUCAACAGCGAUAUUAAUCCCCCUUCCUACGACGAGCUUAUUAAGGCCGACGCACUUCUUGAAGACGUGCACAAUCGUGCGAUUCCGCCUGUGCUGCGCUGGCAAAGUAUGCCAGCACCCAUUACGGAUAGUCCAAGCCUUGUGGUACAGCGGGUGAGUGUGGAGAUGACCUAUCACAAAUCACGCAUCCUACUGUACCGAAGAGCAUUGAUCAACUACCCAGUUAGACAACCCCAAGAGCGGGACAGGGAGUCGAUGCUUCACGAAGAGUCUCAGCCAUUUGGUCGUUUGUAUCAGCUUAGAUGGAAGGUCAGCCAUAUUUUUAACCAGGAUGUUCUCCUCGCAACGAGCGUUCUUUGUCUUUAUCUUCAAGACGUCGAUAAAUUUGAAGUAUCCGAGACUGCGGGACAGACAACGUGGUCGCUUAGGGCUGAAGAGAUUCGACAGCAACUAACAAUAUCGCACAAGGUUUGGCUUCAAAUUAGUACGGCAUCUGCGGAAGCUGGGAAAGUAGCAAAGGCUCUUAGCAUCGUCCUUGGAAAUACAGAAGCGUCUGUCGUGGACGGUAACGGCUGCGCUUCUUACGACUUUCUGACGGAUUUUGAUGCCAGGCCUCUCAAUGAACUUGGCGCAGCUUUCAACAAUCAAUGUGAGAAACACACUCCGCCAUACCGAUUGCCACUGAUGAAAGUUUUAUCAGAUUUUCCGUCUGGCUUCUACUAUCCUCUCACAUUUUUCGAUAACGUACUGGAAUCUCGGGGAGUAUGA